AUGAACCAGGGCAAGGGAGGACUGGAGAGGGUAGUAAUUGGCCAUGCGGCCACGGGUGCAAGCGCCGAAGUCUACUUGUUGGGCGCGCACCUCACCUCUUUCAUCCCCAAGCGAGGCGGAGCCGACCUUCUCUUCGUGUCGCAGAAGGCCGAGUUUGCCGAGGGCAAGGCCAUCAGAGGCGGCGUGCCGAUCAUCUUCCCGCAGUUCUCGGACAUGGGGCCACUGACCAAGCACGGCUUCGCGCGUACGGCCCUGUGGGAGGUGGCGUCGGCCGCCGAUAGCGAGGUGACCCUCGUGCUCCGCUCCUCCGAGGCCACCAGGAAGCUGUGGCCCCACGACUUCGAAGCCCUCUUCCGCAUCGCCCUUGUUCCCCACGGAGGCACGCCCUUCUUUCAGGAAGCGGCAUUGGAGACCGAGUUCACCGUGAAGAACACGGGCAGCUCAGCCUUUGCCUUCACGGUGGCUCUCCACACCUACUUUGCCGUGAAGGACAUCCACGUCACCCGCGUGGAAGGUCUCCACAGGGAGGGAGAAGACCUGUACUACCUGGACAACACGCAGGGCAGGAAGAAGAUCAAGGAGGAGAGCAGGGAUGUCGGCUUCACCGGUGAGACAGACCGCAUCUACCUCCACACCGCCGACGAGCUGCGUCUCAAUGAUACCGAGAGGGCGAUCGUAAUCAAGAAGAGCGGCUUGGCCGAUGCCGUGGUCUGGAACGUGUGGGCCGAUAAGGUCAAGUCGAUGGCCGACCUCGGCGACGACGAAUGGCCCAGGUAUGCGUGCGUGGAAGUUGCGGCCGUGGAGCAUCCCGUCCAGCUGAACCCUCAGCAGAGCUGGACCGGCAAGCAGACCCUCUACGAGCAGUCGCGCAGUCGCAGCCCCUCCGCUCUCUGA